AUGGAGCCAACAAACGAUCCCAAGAGUAACCUCAUCAUUGUUUCGAACCGCCUUCCCCUGUCCAUCAAACGAGUAGAAGGAGGAUUUGAAUCAUCGCUCUCGAGUGGUGGCCUUGUCACCUCUCUCUCAGGACUAACAAAGUCCACCCGGUUCCAGUGGUUUGGCUGGCCCGGAAUUGAACUCAAAGACCCGGCAGACAGGGAGGAAGUGACCAAGAGUUUGGAAGAGCACAACGCGAUCCCCAUAUUCCUGGACAAGACAUUGUCACAGGAACACUAUAAUGGAUUCUCGAACCGUAUCCUCUGGCCGAUCCUCCAUUACCAGUCUGGUGUAAGCUUCGACGAUACACCAUGGCAAGCAUAUAGACGAGUAAACGAAUUGUUCGCCGAUGCUAUAGCCGACGCAGCAAAAAGCGGAACCCUAAUUUGGGUCCACGACUACCAUCUCAUGUUGUUGCCCGAGCUUCUCCGUAACCGCUUGCAAGAACAGGGUAAAUCCUGCGCCAUUGGGUUCUCCCUCCACACGCCCUUUCCCGCAGGAGACUUCUGGAGAAACCUUCCAGUCCGAAAACACCUUAUCGAAGGUCUCUUGUCAUGCGAUCUGAUUGGCUUCCACACCGACGAGUAUAAGCAGAAUUUCAUCGACACCUGCGCUAGUCUCCUCGGUGCACGCACCGAGAUUGGGAACCAAAUCCAAUAUAAGAAUCGCCUAGUCUGUAUAGACAAGUUCAUUGUCGGCAUUGACCCCCAGAAAUUCACAGAGACCCUGGCGAAGCCAGAAGUCCAGGAACGUAUCCGCAAGUUGAAAGAUAGAUACAAGGGUGUCAAGGUCAUCGUCGGCGUCGACAGACUCGAUCACAUUAAAGGUCUCACCCAGAAACUGAAAGGCUUCGACGCUUUCCUAGAUGACCACCCUGAACUCGAAAACAAGGUCAUUCUUAUCCAAGUUGCCGUGCCGAGUCGCGAGGACGUGAAGGAGUAUCAGGAGCUCGAACGCGAAUUAUGUACCCUGGCCGGAAAGAUCAACGGGAAGCAUGCCACCCCCGAGGGUACUCCGCUGCUUUACAUGCAUCGCUCCGUCCCAUUCAACGAGCUCGCAGCAUUGUAUUCUGUAGCAGAUGUAUGUCUUCUCACAUCCACACGGGAUGGAAUGAACCUCGUGUCUUUCGAGUACGUUGCCUGCCAGCAAGAGCGUCAUGGUGUGCUCGUCCUCUCUGAGUUCGCCGGCGCGGCGUCGUUCAUGUCCGAAGGUAGUAUUCCAUUCCAUCCAGCCAAUAUCACUGAGAUGUCCGAGGCUAUCUUUGCAGCGAUCAAUUUGAGCCCAGAGGAGCGUAAAAAGAAGUAUGAGCGUCUUCGGGACUUCAUCAACACGAACACGAGUGCAAAAUGGGGUCAGACUUUCACCGACAAGUUGUCCUACCGCUGCAUCAUCGGCCCCGGGUUACUGGUCAGUUCGGGCAAUGCGCUGCACGAGGGUGGGCCCGCAGGGGCUCUAAUCAGCUUUUCACUUGUGGGCAUCAUCGUCUUCUUCGUCAUGCAAUCACUGGGAGAGAUGGCGACCUUGAUUCCUGUUACCGGUUCGUUCACUGAAUACGCAGAACGAUUUAUUGACGACUCGCUUGCGUUUGCGCUUGGUUGGGCAUACUGGUAUUUGUGGGUCACGGUCCUUGCAAACGAAUAUAACGCCAUCUCGCUUGUUAUUGGAUAUUGGACGGAUGCUGUACCGCAAUGGGCUUGGAUUCUCAUCUUCUGGGUGAUGUUCCUUACCCUGUCCAAUCUUGGGAUUCUGGCAUAUGGAGAAAUGGAGUUCUGGUUGUCUCUCAUCAAGGUCUUGGCGUUAAUCGUCUUCUUCAUUCUCGCGAUUUGCAUCAGCACAGGCGGAAUUGGGCCUCGCACUAUUGGUUUUACAUACUGGCAUGAUCCCGGGGCAUUUGCGGAUUCGAUCAAUGGCGUGGCGAAAACGUUUGUGGUUGCUGGAACACUAUAUGCUGGGACUGAGAUGGUUGGCAUCACUGCUGGAGAGUCUGCGAAUCCUGCGAAAGCAGUCCCGAAGGCAAUCAAGCAGGUAUUUUGGCGCAUCUUGAUUUUCUACGUCGGAACUAUAUUCUUUAUUGGAAUCCUCAUCCCAUGGAAUGACCACAGGCUUUUGGGAUCUACGUCCAAGACAGCCAGUUCUCCGUUGACGAUUUCAUUGCAAGAUGCCGGUAUUUUACCGGCUGCCCACCUCAUCAAUGCCCUCAUCGUGAUCAGUGUCAUUUCAGCUGGCAACAGCUCUCUAUAUGUGGCAUCGCGGACACUCCUUUUCAUGUCCCGCAAUGGAAAAGCACCAAGGUUUAUUGGUCGUACGAAUAAGCUGGGAGUUCCUUGGGCUGGCUUGAUAUUUACCAAUAUCUUUGCUUGCAUUGUAUUCUUGGGACAAUCAUCUAGUGCUGGCAAGGUUUACUCAGCCUUGAUUACACUUUCAGGAGUGGCUACUUUCAUCGUCUGGUCAGUGAUUGGGAUUGCACAUAUUCGCUUCCGCCAAGCACUUGUUGUGCAAGGUCAAGACCCAUCAAGGCUCCCAUACCAAGCGAUUUUCUAUCCCUGGGGAACCUACCUUUCGUUGGCAGCAAAUGUCUUUUUGAUUUUCUUCCAAGGAUACACAUGUUUCCUGAACCCCUUCAGCUCGACCGAUUUUGUGAUCAACUAUAUCUUGCUACCGGUGUUUGUGUUAUUCGUCAUUGCUUACAAGUUUUGGAACAAGACGAAACUGGUGCGACUGGAGGAUAUGGAUAUUUGGACAGGGAGGAGAGAGGUUGUUGAGUCCGAGGAGAUUGAGACUCUCAAGAAAACGAAGAGCUGGUGGGCUCGCAUUUAUUCUAUAGUUAUUGGGUAA